GGUUGUUCGAAACGGCAGCAUACGCCGCGUAUACGUAACGUGGAAAAGGACACGAUUAUUUCGUGAGUCGAGUGAAGGUGUACGGGUGUCUUUUAACAAACACUGCAGUCGCCACCCAUUUCCUGAUCAAUUAGAAAAUCAAACUGAACGACUGACUUACCUGUUUCUGGUGCCAAACUUAUUCGAUUCGUGCAAAAAACGGCUGGCGUAAACAAAACGUGUCCGAGGCACUGGAAGACUAUCAUCUAUCGCUCUGCUCUGCCUGGAAGUUGCGUCAGGCUCACGCAGCUUCCAAAAAGGUUUCGUGGGAAACUGUCGAAGCUGCCCUGCGACAUUCACCGUUCUGAGUUGGCCCCAACUGCACGUGGGCCAGCUUUCAGUUUCGGUGACAUUUCACCCCGACAAACACCAAAGGCAGACUAUAUAGAAUAUACCAUAAAUAAAUUCAAAACGGCAGCCCCUAAUCAGAGAGGCAAUUUUACCCAUCCUCCAGUGCGUGUCGAGCCCUGUGAUUCGGCUUUUGUGCAACAUUCUACCGUGUAAUUGAAAUUAAUGAUCAUUGUGUGCGGGUGGCUCUGUAAUUCCGGUUCCGCCGUUCGCAAAUAACUCUAAUGCCUUGCAUUGAAUCUUAAAAGAAUCGCGGCACUCUGCUUUAUUAAAGUCUCACCCUGGGGACGAAUAUCACUCAAAGUUUAGCGAAAUUCAUCUUGCAAAUGUGUGAUGUGCGACAGCCAGGUGUGAAAUAUUGUCCAGGGAAAAUAGCGAAUGUGUUUUCCUUAGAGAAUCAAAUUUGCAAUCAUCGAACUCCUUUCACAGAAUGCAAAAUUGAUUGCAGCUCAUCAGCAGCAAUUUAGAAAACAGAAAACAGCAUGCGAAGGAAAAAGAAAAGUGUGAUGAUAGCGACAAGGAAGCCCAAUCGACUUUAGUGCCAAUAGUGCCGUGCGAAAUGCUGUUAGUGCCGUGUUGUUCGUGUUCAUGUUGUGAUUACAUAAUGAGACGCUGCUGAAAGUCAAAGUCAAAGGAGAAGUUGCCCAGUCGCCGAGCCAAGAAAGCCAGCAAUAUCUCAACUUGCCGCAACUAACUCAGCCGAGCCGAAGCAGAGGGAAAACAUUCGCAGAAGGACGGGCCAUCCAUCCGCAGGACCCCCGAGGAGCGAAAGGAGCCGGAGGAUGCCCUUCGGCCGCAAGUCCCCGCUGGAGGCUCUGGCCCUUCCCGGCGUGAUGCUCGCCUACAAGUACAGCCAGUUCCGCCAGCGCCGCCGGGAGGCCGCCAGCCGACGGGUCACCGAGCGCGAACUCUCGGCGCUGCACCAUAAAAUCGACAAACUGCUGAGCAAACUGGAGGAGGAGAGCGAGCCGGAUCCGCCCACCUCGCAGGAGGAUGAGUGCGUGAUCUGCAUCAAUGCCCGGGCCACCAUGCAGACCUCUCCGUGUGGCCACCGCGUCGUCUGCCGCCGAUGCUUUGUGAAGACGAUCCAGAGUGCGGUGGCCCAGCGGCUGCUGCCCCUGCGCUGCGUCAUCUGCCGGGCGCGGGUGAACCGGCUCACCUCGUCCUCGGGCACCUGGCGCAUCCAGGAGUCGGCCAGCAGCUACUCGAUGGGCGCCAAGAGCUGGUCCUCGGCCGGAGUGGCCGCCGGCGGGGUGGUGCCCUCGGCCAGCUCCUACUCGAUGAACGAUGCGCACAGCGGACACCACUCGUUCCACCAGCCCACGUUGCACAAGUCGGCGGUGGGGCGACACCAUUACGCGCCCCGCGGAUCGACGCCCCAUGCGCGGGUCUCCCAGUCGGACAGCCUGUACUCGAUGAGCUCGACGGGAUCGGCGGCCUCGUCGGCCUCCGGCUACUCGCACUACUCCAAGACGUCUUCCAUAUCGAGCAACGGUCCCUGCUCACCGGCCCUGCCGCCCGUGGCUUCCAGCUCCAAUCACCUGGCCCCUCCCUCGCCCACCACCCACCAUCACGCCCACGGUCUGGCCUCGCCCACGCCCUCGGGAUCCUCCGGCAGCUCCCUGUCACCGCGGGAAAACGGAUCGUCGCACUCGCAUUCGCAUUCGCAUGGUGGUGGCUGCCCGAUUGGUUGCUCCGGUGCCGUGCCAAGGAAGCCGCUGCACACGCUGCAAAACAGCUGCUCCACUCCCGUUUCCGGCUCAUCCUCCAGCGGAAGUGGAAACGGAGUGGGGGCCAGUGGAAUGAUGACGCCAACGCACACGUAUCCGGGUCGAAGGCACGUGAAGAACCGGCUGAUGGACAUUCAGAACCGCCUGCCGCCCAUCAAGGAGUUCCGCAGUCCGGCCAAGGUUCCGCAUCCCUCACCCGUGCACGUCAGCAAUCCCCGAUUUCGCUACUCCACUUACACAAAGUCCAGCGCCCAUGAACUGGCUCCAUUGCUGCGGGAGAACGGAGGCUCUCCGCCGCCACGUCGCCCCAGUCCGAUGAACAUCCAGCUGAGCUGCUCCGCACUGGCCCCGCCCCCCUUGAAGGCGGGCGGGGCAAAGAUCUGCCCGCUGACCUCGAAGAACUCGCUGCCCAAAAACGCUUACGUGAUGCCCAAGGACAAGAAGCCGCCAGCUUCGGUUCCGCAGGGGAAAACCACUGGUACUGCCUCCUCCUCUUCAAGGAGCUCAACUCCGCAAGGAGCCGGAUGCUCGAGGGCCUCGGCAGGAUGCGCUGCCUCGAACUCGGGAUCAACUGGCUCUGGAUCGGCUAGCAAUCCCAAGCCCAGUUCAAGCUCUUCCAGUCGCAGUUUUCCGCUCUUCUCCGCCGCCAGCAAUCAGAGAGAGAAGGCUGACAAUAAGAAGAACGAGUCCGUUGAGCGCAAGAAAAAGGAGGAAAAGCUCAAGCUGAAGGCUGAGAAGGAAGCCAGAAAGGAGGAGAAGCGACUGGCCAAGGAGGAGGAGCGUCUGGCCAAGCUGCAUGCCAAGGAGGAGAAGAAACGGGGCAAGAAGGAGGCCAAGGAGCUGCUGUUGGCCAACGAUGGGAACAGCAAGAAGUGAAGUGACGUCAAGACAAGUGAAGUGAAGUAAAGGAACCCAAUUAGCCAGCGAAAGCGCAUAUUUCCAGUUGCAAUUCUAGCCCUAAGACCAUCACCAAGUACCCGUGCCUCGAGUACCCGUACUAUAUCAGAACAGAUCGGAUCGUAUCGAAUCAGAUCCCCAACUCACACACCUCAACACCCCCACAUGAAACGAGCUUGAUUGUAUUCUAGGAUAAUAAUUUGUCAGUUAGCCAUUAAUCGUUUCUAUAAGUUUCGUACAGAACUGGAAAGGAGCAGAGCCAAAUAUUAUAAAAUGAAUUUCUUAGAAAAACAGGAACAUCGCCAUAACAUUUUUUUUUCAUCUUUAGAUCUUAAAUC